AUGGCAGACGAGCCGCAGUCGCAACCGCAUUCGCGGCCAAAUCCUACGACACUCUUCCCCCAUACCACAACAGGAACCCCAGAGAGCCCAUCAUCAUCCUCUGAUAACAAGAAUGAUGGCUCGAAGUUGCCGGUGAUACGGCGCGAUGAGGACGGGAAAUCAUACGUCCUAGACAAGAAUGGGAAACCAUGCCGUCUCUGCACUUCCGCCGCCGCAUGGCGUAACUUGACAAAAAAAUCCAAAGCCUCAACGGCCGCCGCUUCCACCACGACGACCACUCAGCCCCAAUCUCAGAGUAAUAGCACCGGCGCCAGCACCGAAUGCCCACCUGACGUCGAAGCCCUCGGCCGCUCAACCUGGACCCUCCUUCACAGUCUCACAGCGACAUACCCCGAAAAGGCCUCACCAAGCGAACAGACCGAGAUGAAGUCGUUCCUCACAUUGUUGUCAAAGUUAUAUCCAUGCUGGGUCUGCGCAGACGAUUUCCGGAACUGGAUGGCGGAGCCAAGUGGUAAGAACCAGCCGCGACUCGGCGGGAGAAGUGAGUUUGGGAAUUGGAUGUGCGAGGCGCAUAAUGAAGUGAAUCGAAAGCUGGGGAAGAAGGAAUUCGAUUGUCGUUUUUGGGAAGAAAGGUGGAAGGAUGGGUGGAAGGAUGGGAGGUGUGAUUGA